CUUUGGACGUGUAUUUUUAAAACGUUUGAUACGAAAAAUCAAUUUGCCUGAAGGCAUGAAAACUAUCGCCCAAACAAACUUGACACACAUUACUUGCUACUUUAGUGAUGGUAUUUACAGAGAACAAUAAAGGUAUUGUGAACAUGCGUGGUUUCCAUCAUACCUAGUUUUGUUUCGAAGAGCUGAUCAAACGACGCGAUGACCACCGUUACCGAAGAAUACAGUAACAUGCUGUUGACCGAGCCGAUAUCGCCGAACAGUUCUAGUGAUACGAAAUCGCCACCCCCUUACACCGAUAACAACUAUCUCAAUUCCGCGGAUAAUAAUCAUUCCAGUUUGAAAGAGGCACAAUACAGCUCGCAAUAUAAAUUCGAAGACAAUCACAUGUUUCAGCACAUGGAUAGUCUGCAGAUAUCUAGAUGGAACGAAAAGUCCGGCGAAAAUUUCACUUACGAUCAAAACAAUCAGGUUAUUGUUAAUUACGAAAGACCCUAUUUUAAUGUACCUUUUGAAAUAAAUCCUCCGGACGACCCGAAUUCUUUGUCACUAGGAAUCAAAGAUUCUGAAAAGAGUCCUCGAGCGAUUCCCAGUCCGAAAAUCGCAACAAACAACCCUAAAAGAGCCCGAACAGCAUACACUUCAUCCCAAUUAGUUGAGUUAGAGAAAGAAUUCCACUACAACAAGUACCUGUGCCGGCCGCGGAGAAUCCAGCUGGCUCAAACUUUGAACCUCAGCGAGAGGCAGAUAAAAAUAUGGUUCCAAAACAGGAGGAUGAAAUACAAAAAAGACCAAAAGAACAAGUCGGGUUCUCCGGACCAUCGGUCUUCACCAGUAAUAUCAUCGUCGUCAAAUAAUUCCAGUCCUAGCACGAAGGCUAGGCUGGCACAGAAAUCGGAAGAACCGUCUUUAGUGGAUCGAUUUUUAAACCAUUCGGUGCCUGUUCAAAAUCAGUACAUACCGCAAACGAUACCUAAUUACAACUCGCCUACUUAUUGUCCGCAAUGGGAGAGAGAAGGAGCGAAUUAUUCAGCGCAAUACCUUCCGAAUUGCGGGGCUAAUAUGUAUCUGGAAACUCAAGCAGAGACCGGGUUCGCUCCUUAUAAUACUAGCGUAAAUUACUACCCUUAUGAGACGUACCAAGAAGAGGAAUCUAAACCGCUUUACCAGCCUUAUUUGUCUAUCAAGAAGGAAGGAUUAGGCAGGACUGAUGCUUCUUUUGAACCUCGGGCCGAUUUUAACAUUCAGUGGGAUCAAGGACAAACUUUGGGAACUAUUACUCCGCCCGAUAGUUUAACUCCUUUGUGAUUUUUUAUUGCGUAGAAUUGUAAUAGUUUAAAUCAUUGUUUUAAUUACAAAAAUAACGUACUGAUCGAAUAUCUAUAGUACGUUUUUAGGUAUAAAAUAUAUGAAAAUUUCGGAAAUGUUAAAUAAAAUUAAAUAAUUAGUUUAACUUUCAAGAAUUUUGUAUUAAUGAAUGUGUUUAUUAGAUAAGUAGUUGUACUUAUAGUUUUUUUU